CCGACCGACCAACUCCCUGCCCGACUGCAGGACACCGACCUCCCGCUCCGCCGCUUGGUCCUCUGCCGCCGAUCAAACCCGAUCAAUCGAUACCCGGAUCGAUCGGCUCUGAUGUCCGCCGCGGUGGAUCAGAACUGGCGCGUGGCCUGCGGCGGGAUCAGAGGCACCGGAGCGAAUGAUGACAUCAGCGUGUGAGAGUCCCGAUCCUCCCCGCGUGAGCUGAUCGAUCAUUUAUCAGGUGUUCCAGUGCUCCCAGAGCUCCCAGUGCUGUCUGACAUGCUGCCGGCCUCCAUCCAGAUCACGGGGGAGCUGCUGUCUCCGGCUGAGGUCCAGGACAUCUGUGAGAGUCUGAAGGAGGACAGCGUCCGGCUGCUGUCCGUCCGCGGCUGCCAGCUCUCCGACCGCGACUUUGGACGCAUCUGUCGCAGCGUUGCAGAGUCGCGCUCCCUCGCUCAGCUCAACCUUAACCUGGGCAUCGUCUCCAGCAUCAGCCGGACACGACACCUGGCCGACGCCCUCAAGACCAACCGAUCCCUGCAGACCCUGUUUCUCCAUGGCAGCCCCCUAUUGGACGCUGGCCUGGUGACCCUGAACUCAGCCCUGUCGACCCACCCGGCGCUGGUCUGUCUGGAUCUGGGAGACUGCAUGCUGGGAGACGAGGCGCUGGGUCUGAUUUGUGGGAUGCUGCCGCCCGAUGGAGCGAAGUCAGGUCUGAGGGAGCUGACGCUCAGUGCUAACCCAGGAAUCAGCUCCAAAGGCUGGGCUCGCCUCUCCAUCGCUGUGGCUCACAGCUCCCAGCUCCGAGUCCUCAACCUGGACUACAACCCCCUGGGUGAUCAGAUUGCAGGGAUGUUGGCGGUUGCCGUGGCGUCCAGCAGAACCCUGGAGGUGUUGGACCUGGAGGGAACCGGACUGACCAACCAAUCAGCACAGGUGUUCUUGGACAUGGUGGAGAACUACCCGACCAGUCUGCGGGUUCUGGUUCUUGCGGAGAACGACAUCAGUCCGGAGCUGCAGCAGCAGAUCUGUGACCUGCUGUCUGAGGGGGAGGACGACGACGACAGAGAGGCCCCGCCCCACCAGCCAGGCCCCGCCUCCAGCGGUGCCCUGCUGCCAAUCAGAGACAAGUACCAACCAAUCAGAGACAAGUACCAACCAAUCAGAGACAAGUACCAGCCCCCUACCUGGCUACCCCACAGCAACUCCAGCCCCCAGAUGGUCUUGCUGACAUCAGGUCUAGGUGAGAGCUUAUUGGCUGAGACUGAGAUGUGACCCCUCCCACAAACACACCCACUUCCUGUUAAACAAUUUUCACUUUAUUCUUUUUAUUUAUUUUUUUCUUUUGGGGUUUGAAUGUUCCUGUUUGUUUCUCUGCACUGCACUUCUCUGGGUUGUCAGAUCACCUGAUGGCUAGCAGCCAAUCACAUGCUCUGCAUGGUUUGAUGUAGCACCUGUACAUAGACUAGAACAGAGUGAGUGACGGCACAAAACCUUAACACACCAAGUGACUUACAGACAGGUGUUUGAUCAGCAGGUGGACAGUGUGUUUCAGUACCUCUCUCUGAUGAGGCUCCAUUCAUAAAAGCUUUAUAAAACAUAAUUAAUGGAUUCAUUAGCAGUUAAUCAAUCAUUUACUAAUCAUUUGUUUCUUUUAAGAUGCACUUUUAUUAUCUGGCUUUUGACCUUUUUUUAUUUUUAUCUGAUUCCUUGUGUUUAAACUUGUUUCUAUUUUAAUCUUAUUUUAUUUCCACAUCUGCUAUGCACAUAUGUCUCCAUGCUUGUGUGUGUGUACAGAUACCGUAUGUUGUGUGUUUGUGAAGCCUUUUAAAGAAUGAAAAUAGAGCCGAAAUAGAUCAGUUAUAGGACAUUAAUAAGAACAGCUUCUGGGUUGCCAGGUUGUAGAAAAUCCUCCUCUGCAGUGGACUGAUCUUCUGCAGGACGCCUGGACCAAACUCUAUUUACAAACAGAAAGUUUACAUUUGUAACUGCUGACUUAUUAUGGUUUAUUAACGUUUACACAAUGUGUCACUGGCUGUUGAUCUCAAAAUAAUAUAAUAAAAUGUAGAGAGAAGAAUCCAGUUAAUAUGACACAUGAAUGGUAAAGACCUAUUUUGAUUCAUGCGUCCUGCAGCUUUUACAGAAGAUCAGCAUUCAAGCAUCCAUUGCAGGAGGAGAAUUUUCCACAACCUGGCAGCCCAGAAGUUGUUUUUAAUAAUGUCUUAGAACUGAGCUAUAAAGUAUCAGUAAAUUAUUUAAUACUCAUAAAUGAAUCCAUUAAUUACAGCUUAUGAAACCUUUAUAAACAGAGCUUCAUCAGACAGUGGCGCCUGUGUUUCUGAUGAAUGUACCUUCAGCUCUGUUGGUUUGUUCUGCUGCUCUGA